CGCCUGAUAACUCGCGCCACACGAAGCACGCUGGGUUGGUUCUUCUGCGCGCCUGCGUCUGGCGAGCUCUGCGCAGGCGCAUUUCCAUCGCUUGGAGGAGAGGGCGGGGUGUCGCUCCCUUUCGCUGAUGCAAGAGCCUGGUGCGGUGGUAGGAGAGGUAUCGGCAGGAGCAGCGCUGCCGCCGGAACCCGGGGCUGACCCGUCUGACUUCCCGUCGGAGCCGAGCCCACUCGAGCCGCAGCCAUGUCUGGGGACGAGAUGAUUUUUGAUCCUACCAUGAGCAAGAAGAAAAAGAAGAAGAAGAAGCCUUUUAUGUUAGAUGAGGAAGGGGAUACCCAAAUAGAGGAAACCCAGCCUUCAGAAACAAAAGAAGUGGAGCCAGAGCCAACUGAGGACAAAGAUUUGGAAGCUGAUGAAGAGGACAGUAGGAAAAAAGAUGCUUCUGAUGAUCUAGAUGACUUGAACUUCUUUAAUCAAAAGAAAAAGAAGAAAAAAACUAAAAAGAUAUUUGAUAUUGAUGAAGCUGAAGAAGGUGUAAAGGAUCUUAAGAUUGAAAGUGAUGUUCAAGAACCAGCUGAACCAGAGGAUGACCUUGACAUAAUGCUUGGCAAUAAAAAGAAGAAAAAGAAGAAUGUCAAGUUCCCAGAUGAGGAUGAAAUACUAGAGAAAGAUGAAGCUCUAGAAGAUGAAGACAGCAAAAAAGAUGAUGGCAUCUCAUUCAGUAAUCAGACAGGCCCUGCUUGGGCAGGCUCAGAAAGAGACUACACAUAUGAGGAGCUGCUGAAUCGAGUGUUCAACAUCAUGAGGGAAAAGAAUCCAGAUAUGGUUGCUGGGGAGAAAAGGAAAUUUGUCAUGAAACCUCCACAGGUCGUCCGAGUAGGAACCAAGAAAACUUCUUUUGUCAACUUUACAGAUAUCUGUAAACUAUUACAUCGUCAGCCCAAACAUCUCCUUGCAUUUUUGUUGGCUGAAUUGGGUACAAGUGGUUCUAUAGAUGGUAAUAACCAACUUGUAAUCAAAGGAAGAUUCCAACAGAAACAGAUAGAAAAUGUCUUAAGAAGAUAUAUCAAGGAAUAUGUCACUUGUCACACAUGCCGAUCACCAGACACAAUCCUGCAGAAGGACACGCGACUCUAUUUCCUACAGUGCGAAACUUGUCAUUCUAGAUGUUCUGUUGCCAGUAUCAAAACAGGCUUCCAGGCUGUCACGGGCAAGCGAGCACAGCUCCGUGCCAAAGCUAACUAAUUUGCUAAUCACUGAUUUUGCAAAGAGUGUUGUGGAGAUGUGGCUGGACAGGUUUGCCAUCAGAGUGGAUAUACCAUUGUAUUAAAAACAAGAUUAAAAAGCUGCCAAGUUCUUUGGCGAAUGGUUGGUCUGAAAUCCUUGCAAGACGCUGACGCUCAAGCUGUUGACAUACUCGUUGCCUACUUUAACAACUGUCAGAGAAACGUGAUAUGGGGUAAGGAGGUGCUUUUUUAAAAUCGUUCAUAGACUUCUGUAAAAUGCAAGAUAAAUUAAAGUUAUUAUAACAGUGAUUCUUUCAA